AUGAUCAAAGCAAGCCAUCCAUCGCUCGCGACUUUUUCUGGGAGGGACAGCAGAUAUGAGGAUCGUCUCUCGAUUUCAUCCGUCUCCAACGGUAAAAUCGGCUAUCCACCGCAAUAUAUUGAGUCGUACGAAAGCCAUAUCUCUUCGGCGAGGGCCAUCGAGAGACACCUCCUUCAGAGGGGUCUGAUGGGUUUGGUCGGCUCGCCAGUGCGCAACGGACAGUCCGAAGGAGCGGAGCGACCGGACUCUGGCGCAACCAUUGAUGAUGUCGAAGACGAUUACGAGCCAGAACUUGAAGCCUUGGUCGACGAAGCCUCUGUGGGUGAAGAAGCUACGAUACCGGCACUAUCUGCUCUGGGUCCGGGGAUGACGGACGAUGAUAAUCCGCUCAUUAUUCCCAACGGGUAUCCGCAGACGGCGGACUCGCCUCCUUUCAUCACAGAGGAGGGCGAAGAAAUGCUGAAGUACACUAUUUAUGAUCAACAGCAGGAUGGCAUCCGGAACGUCAUCGGGACUCUUACGACGGUACGAGGAAUCCCUCUGAGAGAACUCCGACCCGCGCUCAGUCAACUCGCCAAAGAUGAUUCGUUCCGAUUCCACAACGACAGAACGAGCCUCGACGUCAAGAAUGAGAACCUUGCUAUCGACCGAAUUUUUAAGAACAAAGUGCUUGUCAUUCGCUUUCCGAACCGAGCGUCCAGCUAUCCUGACGUGCCAGUGCCAGAAGCCAGAAACAGCGCCGAGAUCGCACAGAACGACGAGCGAUUGCGGAUCGCCAUGGAGGAGGAUAUCGAGCGAGACUCGGAUGUCGCGCUCGAGCCUCGGGAUCUAUCUGAGAGAAUUGACCACGUUGGGGCUGUGAGACCUCAAAGUCACGGUAGAGACCACGUGUCACACACCGAUGACCCAGCGUUUCCAGACGAUGACGACGAGGCUCCAGAAGUGAACUCGCCACCGAUCGCAAAGGUUUCCAGUUCAGGAAACUCAUCAACGCAUUCGGCAGAGAGAGGCCCGUCGAGCACGCGUAGUGGAGGGUCAUACGUCGGUCCUCUCGGGUUGUGCCACCGGCCUGAGUGCAACAACGCUGCCCGAGUCAAAUGUGUCUCCUGCGGACAGGUUGCCUAUUGCAGUUCAAAGUGUCUUCGUCUCGACGCUCCUCGGCAUCGCUCCAGCUGUUACCGUGAGUAUAACGACUUUUUUGCGAGCCUCCCGCGUACAGCUUCUGCUCUAGGAGAAGAGUGA